AUGGGUGACAAGCGCAAGCUCGUGCAGGAUGAGGUCGUUGAGCCCGAGGGCAAGAAGAUGAAGAAGGAGAAGAAAGAAAAGAAGGAAAAGAAGGAAAAGAAGGAAAAGCGCAAGGAGCGCGCUGAGUCCGAGGCCGUCGCCGCUACUGAAACUGCUGCUCCCGCACAGGAAGAGGUGAAGGAGAAGAAGGACAAGAAGGACAAGAAGGAGAAGAAGGAGAAGAAGGAGAAGUCCGAGAAGUCCGAGAAGAAGGAGAAGAAGGAGAAGCGCAAGGUCGAGGAGGCCGCCGCUGAGCCUGCCGCCGAGCCUGUUGCUCCCUCCGAGGACGCCAUGGAUGUGGAUGUGGCUCCCGCCGAGCAGGUCGAUGCUGAACAGGCAAAGAAGGACAAGAAGAAGGAGAAGAGAGAUAAGAAGAAGCAGCAGAAGAAGGCCGAGGCCGCCGCUGAGACCAAAGAAGAGCCUACUGCUGAAUCUGCUGAAUCUGCUGAAUCCGCUGAAUCUGCGGAGGCCGCGCAGUCCCAGAAGGGUGCUCGCUUUAUCUGCUUCGUCGGAAACCUUCCCUACUCCGCCAACCUUGAGUCCUUGACCAAGCACUUCGAGAAGAACCCCCCUGCCACAAUCCGCGUCGCCACCAAGAAAGAAGACCCCAAGAAGUGCCGUGGCUUUGCAUUCAUCGAGUUCGACAACUAUGACCGCAUGAAGACCUGCCUCAAGCUGUACCACCACUCCAAUUUCGACGACGGAAAGUACCCGCCCCGACGCAUGAACGUCGAGCUGACUGCUGGCGGCGGCGGUGCCAAGUCUGAACAUCGCAAUGCCAAGAUCCAGGCCAAGAACGAGAAGCUCAACGAGGAGCGCCAGCGCCAGGCCAAGGAUAUCCAGAAGGACAAGAAGAAGUUUGAGAGGAAGACCGGUGAGGCUGGCGCCACUGGUGCCAACGCUGCUACCACAGACGGUGCUGCUGAGGAUCAGUGGGCUGGUCUGCACCCUAGCCGCCGCGGCCGUGUUUAA